AUGACCGACAUCAGAAUUAAUAGGUCCUUACACAUUUGGUGAAUUUAUAGAAGAAUUACAAUACUGUUGACUCCAUGAAUUUGGUUGUUUAAAAGCAAAUUGUUCUGGUUCGAGAAGGUGUAUAUGGCCAUCUCGAAAACUAAUAAUGAGGGUAGGCUUCUUAAAUAAGUAUCUACAGCUAUGCUUGGAGUCUACACCUUCCAUACAUCCUAAAACCUCUAGGUGACUUAUAAAGACGUCCUGAGCAUUUGAUGAGCAGCCCCAGAAGCACAGACCGUAUCUAAAUCUCGACUCAACUUGAGCAUAAUAUACUAAGUGACAUAUAAAUCCGAACACCCAGUUUAAAUGGUUUUAUUUUAAUAAAAUUUUGUAUAAGUACUUAAUGAAGCAUAAUAAGUAAAUGAU